ACUUACCCCUACUCUUAUGACCAACUAUUUAUUUUUACCUUCAGCAAAAUUACUUCCUAAACACAAACAUCAAAUCCUUAUCUGUUCCAAUAAUUAAACCACUAAUGUCAAUCUUUUUACAUAUAUUUUGUUGGAAUGGUUGUUGAUGAUUAGCCCUAUUGCUUCUCUGCAGUUGAACAAAAAGCAGAAUUACCAACCAUGAAGGAAAAAUUUAAGGACUUGCCAGAGAGAGCAGCCACAGCAACAAAGGACAAGAAUAUGUGCACAAACAAGGAAUUUGUUAAGGUGACACUUGUUCGCAAAGUGGAGAGGUGUCUAAUUGAGUUCAAAAAGGCAAAGGAAGAGGCCGAGCAGCAGGAACGGAGCAUUGUCACCCUUCAGUUGCAAGCUAAGGCCCUUCUUGCCCAAAUUGAUGAGGCACAGAAGAAGAAAGACAAUAACUCAUCCAAGCAGAAAGAAAUGUUUAAACUUUCCGAGGACCUGAAAGCUGCACUUGAUGUGUUAGAAAAACAGUGGCCAGAUUAUGAAGCAAAGAUGAAAGCUGCUGAAGAGGAGGAGAAGAAAGUUAGUACAGAAUGGCACAAAAUGAAACAAUUCGUUGUAUCUCUAAAGACUCCUUUUUACUCAUCUGAUCUAAAGCCAUGCUCUAUGUAAGAAGUGCUAUACGAAUGUUUUU